CAUGUAAGUCUGAGGUGAAUGACCCCUGAAAUGCUGCCUGUGGGGCUAUUGCUCUGACCUUUCACCAACAGGACUCUGCAGGACAGCACAAAGAAUUGGUAGGGCAGGGGCUUUCCCAAUGGGAGCCUGAAAUCCCUGAUAAAGUGUGGGAUUUAAUAAGGAGAAAUCUUUGGGAGUACACAAACCAUUUCUAGCCUUUACAUCUAGUCACCUGCUCUCAAGCUACUGACAUAAACUAGCCCACAUGCACUGGUUUGAGGUUGGGGAACAUCAAUGAAUACCAAAGCCCUUUGGCUUCUCAUUCCCUACGGUCUGAGGAGUGCUGUCUACUCUGCAGCGGGGACUGCUAUUGGUCUGGCGCAGGUCCAGGGCAGAAAGAGCCUCUAUAUAUGCCUGGAGAGGGGAAAGCUGCAUCACAAAGAGAGCUGGAGCCGUCUUGUCCUGCCUUCUGCCAGGAGCUGCUUGAAGCUGAGGAAAUAACUGCUAGACAAAAUGUGCAAAGGAUUAGCUGCAUUGCCACACACAUGUCUGGAGAGAGCGAAGGAGAUCAAGACCAAAUUGGGCACCCUCCUCCAGAAGCCUGAUUCGGCUAUUGACCUGAUCAUCCCAUACCCAGAAAAGCCGGAGAAGCCAGCCAAGGCUCAGAAGCCCUCACCAGAUGAGGCUUUGCAGUGGCGUGAGUCCCUGGAGAAACUCCUGCAAAAUGCCUAUGGUCUUGCCGGCUUCAGGAGCUUCCUUAGAUCUGAGUUCAGUGAGGAGAACAUUGAGUUCUGGAUUGCCUGUGAAGAAUACAAAAAAAUCAAGUCCCCAACCAAGAUGGCUGAAAAAGCCAAGAAAAUUUAUGAAGAGUUCAUCCAGACGGAGGCACCUAAAGAGGUGAACAUUGACCAUGGCACCAAAGCUGUCACCAUGAAGAACUUGGUGGAACCAUCAGCAAGCAGCUUCAAUGAGGCCCAGAAACGGAUCUUUGCCCUGAUGGAAAAAGACUCCCUGCCCAGAUUUAUGCGGUCAGAAUUUUAUCAGGAGUUAAUCAAGUAGCAAUGUGGCCAGGCUGUGAAUGCAGCCCCUGCUGGCCACUCGCUGCCAGCCAUACUAUUGCCUAUUUCCAAAAC